AUGGAUCAGUCUUUGUCCCUAAUAUCUGCCCAGGUCCAGUUCAUGGACGACCGGCUGGCCCUGGUGCACAUUCCUUUGGAUCUCUACUCGUAUUUCCUGAAACCCAUUCUGCAGGUCCUUUUCCAUGAAGUAUCUCCCAUCGAUACAAGCAAUGAAGACACGGACGAUGGUCCUGGAGAGGGUUUCAAGCCUUCUCAGCCAGCUUUUCUGAAUCUCUCCAUCACACCCGUCGAGUGCUCUGUCAUGUGCCCUAGGCAACUUGCCGACCUGUAUUUCACACCAAUGAUCGAACAGUUCAUUCAGGCCGACUCCUCGACCAAAAGCCGCCUUUCGAUCAGUCGGGAAGAUUUCGUCGCCAUGCAAGUCUAUGGAGAAGGUCUUGACGCUGGUCAGCGUGUGCUUGAGCUUACCAGCCCCUUAGCAAUGGCGGGGAUUUCCAUCUUCUUCAUUUCGACGUAUUUCUCCGACUAUAUCAUUGUCCCUCUCCGAUCCAAAACACAGGUCAUCGAAGCUUUGGAGAAGCGUGGCUUUCAGUUUGAAAUAUCGACUGAGGCAUUUAUCAAUAUCAACCCGAAUCAAAAUAACUGCUUCAGCCCUGGGUCUCGAUCUCCAAGUAGCCUGGGCUCUCCGCCAGCUACACCACUCCCAUCGACUGUCGAUGAACUGCAGACGCGAACUUUUGCCUCCUUACGGAAGAAUCAUAUCAUCCCCUCCGUUGACAAGGGGCUGCGGUUAGUCCAGUGUGCAGCUCAUCAUCCUUAUAGCAGUGAAGCUAGCUCAAUAUCAAUCCUCCGUGAUGCACUCACUACUGCAUUGGUUGUGGACAAGCCUCGUUUUCUUUCGUUGACCCUAACGGCCGCAGACCCUGCCGCAUCCCUCCUGCUGGAGCAACGGCUUCUGCCACGGUUCUCGAGUGAUCCUACAUCGGGCACAGAACCAGAUGAUGAGACUAGUCUUCUCCUGGGAUCUAAAGAGGAUAUCCUUGUACCAAUCAUGCUUGAUUUGCGCAAACUUCCCCUCGAAGCUACAGGUAUCGUCUGUGGAGUAGCCAGUCGAUUGGCCGAAGCUACUCACACCCCGGACGAAGACAGACUCUCUCGGUCUGUCGAUAGCUUUUCUUACUUUGACAGCUCGUUCAAGCCCGUCAACGGUAACUAUGGCGGCCCAGUGCAACCCCCUGCUAGCACCCCUGUCACACCAUCUACCCAUCAUCUACAGCCUGACCUGGACGCAUCCCUGGACGCUGUAGAGAUCAGCUUCCUCAGCACCGCACGCGCGGGAACCAUAAUCGUCGGCGAGCACGAGCUCAAUCGUGCAGUGGAUGCACUCGAUGCCGAAAGCCACGACCCGGAGCUUUCAAGCAACAAGUCUGAUAUCUCGGAGUCCUGGCAAAAAGAAUAA